AUGCCGAUUGAAGUUGGUCAACCAGCACCUGAUUUUACUUUAUACAAUACUGAACAGAAAGAAGUUUCAUUGAAAGAUUUAACAUCAAAAUCAAAUGUUGUGAUGUUAUUUUUUCCAUUGGCAUUUACAAGUGUUUGUACGAAAGAAUUAUGUUCAGCAAGAGAUGAUAUUAGUAAAUAUAAACAAUUAAAUGCAACUGUUGUUGGUAUUUCGGUUGAUUCACUUUUUACUUUGGGAAAAUUUCGUGAAGAACAAAAACUUCCAUUUGAUUUAUUAUCAGAUUUUAAUAAAGAUGUUUCACGUCAAUAUGAUUCACUUUAUGAAGAUUUUCCAAAAUUUAAUCUUAAAGGUGUUACUAAACGAAGUGCUUUUGUUAUUGAUAAACAAGGAAUUAUUAAAUAUGCUGAAAUAUUAGCUGAUGCAAGCAAAGUACCAGAUUUUGACAAAAUUAAAGAAGCUUUACAAAAUUGUAACCAAUGA